GGAAAUCUGACCGACAACAUACGCCUCCUGGUUAUGACCUGUAUUGUCUGUUAUGGUUAUUACUCAAUUUAAGCAGUUCGGCAGGAGUUGCCAGUUCCAAUACACUUAUAUUAACACGGGUAUAUUUGGAUAGCAGGUGGUUUCAUCGGAUGGAUUGGUCUUUUCUGAUUUUGUGAUAUAUAAAGAUCUCGCGAUGUGGUGUUAUUGUGUUGCGGCUGUCCUUCUGUUUACUGUAAUAGGCACAGAAGGAAAAGCAGUCCUCUCGCCUCCAGAGUUUGGAAAGACUUAUCACGUUAAAGGAGUGAUCACGCUUCCCUAUGCUGAAAUAAAGGAACCUUUUGAGGCGUGGUUUGACACAGCAGGGAAGUCAAGCCGCAUAGACUAUUACUAUGGACAAGUGUGCACGUACCAGCUGGCGACCCAGCAGCCCUCGGGCGUGUCCUACAAGAUCACCCCCGAGACCACGGAGGAAGAGCUCAACGUCAUGAAGUGCUUCCAGGUCAACGGCACCAAGGACGAGCCCGUCUCCCCCCAGGGAACGCUGCCCGACCUCCAGGGCUUCCAGUUCCUGAGGAUGGAGUACUACUCGGGGUCCCUGUGCGAGGUGUGGCAGAACGUCACCACGGUGGGCUACAAGAAGAACACCUACACCCUGUGGGUGUCCCGGGCCGGGGCCCCCCAGGACCCCGCCGUGCCCCACCACUACGAGAUGAUGGGCUACGACACCCUGCUGGGCUCCCACUACGACAAGUACCUGGUGGACUACAACGAGUUCAGCCCCAAAGUGGACCCCAAGGUCUUCUCUCUGCCCGAAGGUAUGAGCUGUGGGGCGUUCCCAGGACCCGGCCUGGAGCACCACCUGCUGGCCAAUCCCAUGAAGGAUCUGAUCCACCCGCCGGCCACAGGCCACGCCUCCCGCAUGUUCGGCCACUUCAAGGAGAAGUUCCAGCGUCGCUAUGACGACGAGCGGGAGCACCACAAGAGGGAGCACGCUUUUGUUCACAACCUGAGGUACGUUCACUCUAAGAACCGGGCGGGCCUGUCCUUCUCCCUGGCGCUGAACCCACUCUCGGACCGCACCGUGACCGAGCUGGCCACCAUGAGGGGCCGGAGACACGGCAAGACCCCCAACAGGGGACUCCCCUUCCCAUCCAGCAUGUAUGAUGGGGUGCAGGUCCCAGACUCCCUGGACUGGAGGCUUUAUGGUGCUGUGACGCCAGUGAAGGACCAGGCCAUCUGCGGUUCCUGCUGGAGCUUUUCCACCACUGGGGCAAUAGAGGGCGCUCUCUUCAUGAAGACUGGCCAGCAGCAGGUUCUGUCGCAGCAGAUGCUCAUCGACUGCUCCUGGGGCUUCGGCAACAACGGCUGUGACGGCGGCGAGGAGUGGCGCGGGUACGAGUGGAUCAUGAAGCACGGAGGCAUCGCCACCACGGAGACCUACGGCGCCUACAUGGGCAUGAACGGACUCUGCCACCUGAACCAGUCGCAGCUGGUGGCGCGCAUCCAGAGCUACACCAACGUCACGUCGGGCAGCGCCGAGGCCCUCAAGCUAGCGCUGUUCAAGAACGGCCCCGUGGCGGUCAGCAUCGACGCCUCGCACCGCUCCUUCGUCUUCUACAGCCACGGCGUCUACUACGAGCCCGCCUGCGGCAGCACGGUGGAGGACCUGGACCAUGCGGUGCUGGCCGUGGGCUACGGGACCCUGAAGGAUGAGCCGUACUGGCUGGUGAAGAACUCCUGGUCCACCUACUGGGGCAACGACGGCUACGUCCUCAUGUCCAUGAAGGACAACAACUGCGGAGUCGCCACUGACGCAACCUUCGUCACACUGGCGUAGUCUGGUGCCAGUGUGUGUGGUGCGUGAGUUGGUUUUUUUUGUCCACAGGUACGAUAUUUCUGAGUCAGUCAGUCAUACAGACGGAGCAGGAAUCGAGGUCCUUUGAAUGGUGUAUUCACAAGCAUAUUACAUUGAAGAUAAAAUUUAGGGUUUGAAGAUUUUUUACACUUUGAUUUUGGGCAUUUUGCAGACGCUUUUAUUCAAAGCGACUUACAUUAAGUACAUUUUAAGAUUAAACACUUCUGGUUUUUCAGUCUGUGCAUCCCUUAAUGCUGUAAUGGCUUCUAAAUGGGUGCAGUGUGCUUAAGCUAUCCCACUCAAUACAGCAACAAUUCAAAAGGUUUGUGUUUCAUGCUCUGUGAUACUUUGAAUGCCAAAACGAUGGCAAGAACUAAAGGGCCUACUUUAAUUAAUGUUUUUAUUUGUAAUUUUUUUAAGCAAAGUGGGAUGUUUUAUUUUAAUCUGCCUAAUGUCGAAGUUUUAAUCUCUUGGCCCUGCGCCAUGUAAUGUGCCUCCUCAGGGAUGUAUUGCUGGUCAUUCAGUGUCUUUCCUUUUUUGUUGAUUUACAAGUUAUGUUAAAGAGCGUCCUCUUCUUCCCGUGCUGUUAUGUGACAAGCUCAAUUGCACUACUUCUGCUACUUUAAUUAAGUUAGCAAUAAAGGCUGGAUUGGUUACUAUUCAA